ACUCAACAAAUCCCAUCAACAAACAAACAGCGUCAUGCCGAAAAAGAAGGGCAACGCGCCCGCGCCAUCCCAGCCGGCGGGGACCGUGGAGACCCCGAAAUUGAAAAAGGCCCUGCGCAAGGACAUGCGGAUCAUGUUCCGGGAACUGCAGCGGGUCGAUAAGGGGGUCAUUGCGGCCAAGUACCUCUCACUGUACCCAGACCGCGGAGACUACAUUACGACUGUGCUGGACAAUUACACGACUUCGCUGGAGACGCGAAAAGGGCCCGCAAAAGAGCCUGCGGCUGAAGGCAGCGUGGCCUCGGAAGACGCGCCCAAGACACCUAAAAAGCAGAAGCAGAUUCCACUAUCGUCACCUUCUGUCUUCGCAGAGACGCCAAAGCCGGUGCACACUUUCACUUCUCAGCCCAAAUCAGCCCCUGCAGCGACUUUCACCGGCCAACCCGAGCCUGCUACUACGUCGGCGUUCGCGCCGAGAAUCGAAUCGGAACCAAAGAAGCCAAACAAUGCUGUUCUGCAAGAUUUCAAAGACUACCUGGAUGUGAACCAGAGUGGCACGCUCAACCAGCCCAGCGCCUCUCCGGGCUUUUCAUUCGUGCCGUCCCUCGAGAGCCAGAUGCAGUUCCUGAGUCUCGCCGGACAGGAUGACCGUGCGGGUGGCAGCUCCUCUGGGGCCCCUCAGGAGGCCGUCCUGGUGUCGCCGACCGUGGAGCAGGCCGGACAGAACAUGCCGUCGCAGUUUGCUCUCCUGGGUCAACUUCGAGCUCGACAGCCGGUUACGGACCCUCGUGUGAUGCUGAACACCAACAUUCCCUUCUCGGCAUUCAUCUGCGGGCUUCAAGGCAGCGGAAAGUCGCACACUACGUCCUGCAUGAUUGAAAAUUGCUCGCUGUCUUUCCCUGCGCUGGGAAACCUCAAGAAACCUCUCUCCACCCUGGUUCUGCAAUACAAUGAAUACAGUUCGAAUCUGAGCUCGCAGCCCAGCGAGACGGCGUUCCUGUCUUCCAUCAUUCCGCAGUACACGGCGUUUCAGAAGCCCAUUCCCGUCCGGGUGCUGGUGCCGCCGUCUAACUUCCACAACCUGCAACGCAUGUACUCUCAGAUCCCCAAUGUCGAGGUCCGGCCAUUCCGUCUGCAGCCGCACCAUCUCAGCACAAGUAUGAUGCUGUCGUUGAUGUCGAUGGGCAAGAACGACUCCAUGCCGCUCUACAUGGGCCAGCUGACGAAGAUCCUGCGUGAAAUGGCGAUGGAGAACAAGGGCAACUUCGACUACUUCGCCUUCCGCAAGCGCCUGUCCGGUCUGCGUCUGGACCGCACCCAGACUCCCUUUCUGGAACAGCGACUGGGACUACUUGACUCGUACCUCGACCUCAACGGAGAGACCACGGACGACUACUUCGUCGAAGGCGGCGUCACCAUCCUCGACCUGUCCUGUCCCUUCAUGGAUCAAAGCACCACGUGCAUCCUGUUCCGCAUCGCCAUCGACCUCUUCCUCCACGCGCACCGCUCCCGUGGCAAGAUGGUCGUCGCCGACGAAGCACACAAGUACAUGACCGACACCCCCGCGGCCAAAGAACUCACCGAAACCUUCCUCAACAUCAUCCGGCAGCAGCGCCACCUCGGCGUCCGCAUCAUCAUCUCCACGCAGGAACCCACCAUCUCGCCGCGUCUGAUCGACCUCUGCUCCAUAACAAUCAUCCACCGGUUCUCGAGUCCCGAGUGGUUCAAGACGAUCAAGAACCACGUCACGUUCGACAACUCCGACGGCAAUGGCACCGGCACCGACGAGCGCGACGGCCUGUAUCAGAUCUCGAGUCUGCGGACCGGCGAGGCCUUGGUCUUCGCGCCCUCCGCUUACCUGCUCCAUGAUAACCACGCGCCGAUUAAUACGCGCCACACGACGUUUAAGAUGAUGGUGAGGAAGCGGGUUACGUGGGAUGGGGGACGGACGAUUGUGUGUAUUCGGUAGGUUUGGAUGAGAGAUGUGCUAUGAGAUAUGAUGGGUGGGGUAUUGGCAUGGUUUCGGGAUUUUGGGACUUUUUGUGGCCAUGGUUUCUUUUGAGUUUGUUAAAAGUUCGCUAGAUAGUUAGAAACAGGGUCGAUUGUUUAG